CUCUCUCUCUCUCUCUCUCUCUGUGGCAUCUGCAAGCGUGUCGCGUUUGGCAGUUAGCCUUGGCUCUUUGCGUGUUUGGUUGCAGCGUGCUGCUGCUGUGGCUCCCAUCUCUUCUCUCUGUCUUUGUGUGUGUUCCCACACAAGCAUAUCAGAGCGGAAGCGUCUCUCUUUCUCUCUCCUCUGGCUGGGACUGUGGGAGAGGAGGAAGGGGAAGAGGAGGAAGGGGAAAGCGCAGAAGCGGACAAAUCUGGUUAACAAUCGUAUAUAUCAACCAAGUCCUCUGACGACGCUGCUGGAGAGGAGGAGGAAGAGGAGCAAAAGCAGAGGAUUCCUUCCGAUAAAAAAUCUGUCUCUUUUGCCUUCAAGCCUUGGAUCUUGCAUCUGGGGGCCUUUUGGAUGGAGCGUGGCUGGGAAGCUGGUUCCUUUUGUUGGUAUCUUCUGGCCUGAGAGAGAGAGUCAUCUGGGUUUGGUCGGAAAGGUGGCUCCCUGCUGGCCGCUCAUGGCGGUCUUGGACUGACGAGUGCGUCCCAGUUUGGAAUUGGCGAGAUGCUUUUCGGGUGCGGGGUUGGUGAGGGUGCGGUGGCCGUGGCAGAUGGGCUGGGCGUAUAAGGGUGGAAAAGGGAGGGAGUUUGGAGUGGACACAGAGCAUGGAAAGGAGGGUUUCGGGCUUCUCUUUUUGGAUGCUUGGCUUGCUGCUAUGGGCAGGGCCGCUGGCGUCUGCUGCUACUCUUUCACCCUCCGGUAUAAACUAUGAAGUGGUUGCGUUGAUGGCCAUAAAGAUGGAGCUAAAUGACCCAUAUAAUGUUUUGGAGAACUGGGAUAUCAACUCAGUGGAUCCAUGCAGCUGGAGAAUGGUUACCUGCUCUGUUGAUGGAUAUGUUUCUGCUCUAGGAAUGCCCAGCCAAAGCUUAUCUGGGACUUUAUCGCCAGGGAUUGGAAAUCUUACGAAUCUGCAGUCCGUGCUUCUACAGAACAAUGUGAUUUCUGGACCUAUCCCUACUGAUAUCGGUAAGUUGGAGAAGCUCCAGACGCUGGACCUUUCUAGCAAUCAGUUCGAUGGUGGAAUACCAAUUUCAUUAGGAGAGCUAAAGAAUCUGAAUUAUCUGCGACUGAACAACAACAGCUUAUCUGGACCUUGCCCUGAUUCAUUUUCCAACAUCAAAGGUCUCACUCUUCUGGACCUUUCAUUUAACAAUUUGAGUGGUUCCUUACCCAAUAUAUCUGCAAGAACUUUCAAUAUUGUUGGAAAUCCUUUGAUAUGUGGGUCACACUCCAGAAACAAUUGCUCUUCUGUGUCUCUGGACCCACUUUCAUAUCCACCAGAUGAUCUGAAGGCUCAGCCACAACCUGGAGUGACAAGAAACCAUCGUGUGGCUAUUGCAUCUGGUGCAAGUAUUGGUUCUAUUACUGUAAUAGUCAUUGCUGCUGGCUUGCUUCUUUGGUGGCAGCAUAGACACAAUCAACAGAUUUUCUUUGACGUAAAUGAUCAAUAUGACCCAGAAAUAUGCUUGGGUCAUUUGAAACGUUAUUCCUUCAAGGAGCUUCGAGUAGCUACCAAUAAUUUCAGUGCAAAAAACAUUUUAGGAAAAGGGGGUUAUGGUAUUGUGUACAAAGGAUGCUUGCGUGAUGGCACAACUGUAGCUGUUAAAAGGCUGAAAGAUUCCAAUGCCAUUGGUGGAGAAGUUCAGUUUCAGACUGAAGUUGAAAUGAUAAGCUUGGCAGUUCAUCGGAAUCUCCUUAGACUUUGUGGAUUCUGCACAACUGAGAAUGAGAGACUACUUGUCUACCCUUACAUGCCAAAUGGAAGUGUUGCUUCUCAAUUAAGAGAACAUAUUCACGGGAGGCCAGCUUUAGACUGGUCAAGGCGAAAGAGGAUAGCUUUGGGGACAGCACGGGGAUUGUUGUAUUUGCAUGAGCAGUGUGACCCAAAAAUUAUUCAUCGUGACGUUAAAGCUGCCAAUAUUCUUCUCGAUGAAGAAUUUGAAGCAGUUGUUGGGGAUUUUGGUUUGGCAAAGCUCUUGGAUCAUCAGGAAUCACAUGUUACAACAGCAGUGCGUGGGACAGUUGGGCAUAUAGCUCCAGAAUACUUGUCCACAGGUCAGUCAUCAGAGAAGACUGAUGUCUUUGGCUUUGGCAUCCUGCUACUUGAGCUGAUUACUGGUCAGAAGGCACUGGAUUUUGGCAGGCUGGCAAACCAGAAAGGAGUAAUGCUGGAUUGGGUGAAGAAACUCCAUCAAGAGAACAAGCUGAGAGUGAUGGUGGAUAAGGACCUUAAAAACAACUAUGACAGGGUUGAGCUUGAGGAGAUGGUUCAAGUGGCUCUCCUCUGCACCCAAUUCCAUCCAUCCCACCGGCCCAAGAUGUCAGAAGUGGUGAGAAUGUUGGAAGGUGAUGGUCUGGCAGAAAAAUGGGAGGCCUCGCAGAAGAUUGAAACACCAAAGUCUCGUUCCUGUGAGCAACCACCUCCGAAGUACCUGGACUUUGUAGAGGACUCUUCACUUGUGGUAGAAGCAAUCGAGCUUUCAGGUCCUAGGUGACUUCACCAUAUAUUCAUAUAUUGAAUUGUACAUGUCUUGAGUUUUGGAAGCUUGGGAAUGAAGAAUGUUGUUUUUCUUGUAUCAACGUGGUGUUUAUUUAUGGCAGUCAGGUUGCAUGUAUCAUUCAUUUGUACAAAGGGAAGGUGAGGUUGUGUAGGAAUAGCUAAAAUUUUUUUCUACCAGAGAUUUCUCUAUUCUUCUUGCAUGUAUAAAGGAAGUGCUGGUGAAUUUAUGGUCUACUUGAGCCGUUGAUUG